GAUUUGUGCAUUCCCUUCCUUCUCAUCGAUGUCACUAAUGUGUCCGAUGCGGAGACGGACACGUCCAAGCAGCAGACCUAUGACUCCAUAGAUAAGUCCGUGCCACACAGUCCCCGUGGGCUUGCCCCAACUGUUCCCACAUCCUCUCUUUUCCGCACUUUGCUUCCCUGCCUGUCAAGAAGAAACAUAAAAGACCCUGGUCUGUGUCGACAAAUCCAGUGCUCACAAGUCACAGCAGAACGUGGAAGAAGAAAAAGCAGCAGGCGAUUAACAGUAAUGGCAGCAAAAACUCAUCCCUUUAAGAUAAUUUUGGGGUCAUCAUCAAAGUCCCGGAAAGACAUUUUAACUGAGAUGGGUUAUGACUUCACAAUCAUGACUGCAGACAUUGAUGAGAAAGAAAUUCGAAUGGAAAAGCCAGAAGAUUUGGUUAUGGCUCUAGCCGAGGCAAAGGCCAAUGGCAUCAUAACAAGGAUUCAAACUACUGAUUGUUCUGAGAAGAAUGCUGAACCAGCACUUUUAAUCACCGCUGAUACAGCAGAUGCCAUUUUAUCGAGGCUCCAAACUGAUGUGAACAAAGAGGAAGAUGCUGAGUCAACACUUUUGAUCACUGCUGACCAAGUCGUGGUCUAUGAAGGUGUAAUUAGAGAAAAGCCGUCCAGCAAAGAAGAAGCUCGCCAGUUUAUCAAAGGAUAUUCUGGUGGGCGCGCAGCUACAGUGGGAUCUGUACUUGUUACCAACCUUACAACGGGUACAAGAAGAGGCGAGUGGGACAGAGUGGAGAUCUAUUUUCGCGAGAUACCUGAUGAAGUCAUAGAGAAGCUGGUGGAUGAGGGAGUUGUUCUCUAUGUUGCUGGGGGUCUAAUAAUUGAACACCCGUUGAUAUUGCCCUUCAUUGAAAAAGUGGAAGGGACCACUGAUAGCGUUAUGGGACUACCCAAGGCUCUCACAGAAAAGCUCAUACAUGAGGUCCUUUAGGUGCCUGGCAGUCAUUCUACCCUACUUAUUCGUCUGAUUCCUUUGCUUGUUCAUCAUCAGCCGUUUUUGUGUUUUGACUCUUUCGACCCAACAAUAUCUAAAUGAAACAGUUUAUUCUAUAAAUAGUUAUAUUAGGUCAUGCGAUCUACAUUGGCAAUUUUUAGGCCAUUCAUUUGGGACUGUCAAACUGAUGACUCAUAUUAUAUUACAAUCUAAUGUAAUCCGUAGGGAUUAAAUCCAUGGAUUAGUUUUAUUUAUUUUUCGGAGAAAAUACAUGGAUUUCAAUCCCAUAUUGUUAAUCUAGGCUGUUGGUUUUAAUUUA